AUGUCAGAUGGCCAUUUUAUGACGCAAGGCGACUUUUUGCACUUUGAGGUUGUCGGUUUUCCAGUUAAUGGCGGCGUGCAGGCCUUACAGCUUACCAACGAACCGUUUUCGGUCUUUACUGCUGACACCCUAGUGCCCCAGCUGCACCACGGAAGGAGGCUUCUUGCAAACUCGUACAGCUAUUGCACCUCGACCGCGUCCUCUUGUAAUGCAUGCGACACAAGUUUUUUUUCCAUUGACAAGUGCUACACCGCAGACGCCCUGGGCUCGAACAGCGCAGUAUGUCAAUUACCUUAUCCGGAUGGCGAGGUUUCCUCGAGCUCUAUGUGUUGGAGUCCAUACGGCAGUACAACUGUGCCGGCGCCUGAUGGUAAUUCAACAGCCGCAGGAGAGCUGCUGGCUUGGCGAAGCUCCGACGGCCAAGUUCUGACUGCCACUUUAAAGCUCUCAUGUAACUGGAUGCUGGUUGCCGCCCACCGCCGUAAUCCCAAUCCUUCGCCACCGCCACCGCCACCAUCGCCUAGCCCACCGCCUAAUCCCAAUCCUCCUCCAACUCCUCCAUCGCCACCAUCGCCUACAGCUCCGAAUACCACAACACUUGUCACGUUUAAUGAAGAAAUCGACGCUGAGUCCUUCCGGGCGGCAGUCAUGAGCCAGCCUGACUUGCUGACUUGUUUCGUUAUCGCCGAAGUACUAUCGUACGAGCUGUAUGUGCCGUACCGGUUACUACUGGCGCCGGACACUGACACCGCGUCGCGGCCAGGUUGCAGUACGCUGCAGGCGUCGUACAGUGCCUCCAUUACGUCAAUUCCGGGUUGGAAUGACUCCCAAGUCAGCGUCUCUUGCAACUACGACUCUCAGGCUGGCAGUAGCACUUUCAGUCCCACCACAUUUCCCCUCCUGUCUCAGCCCGUCGUUGCACCUCCUUCGGAUCAAUGGGGCAGUAGCAGCGGCGGAAUCAACGCCAAUGCACUCUUGUCGUGCAGCUCGGCGUCCGGUUGGGUCAACAUAACGGUGCAGCUGACUGCGGCAUCCUGGAACAGCUCAGGGGGCUUGUCAGGGUCUGCCGGGGUGCUGUCGCUGCUGGAGGCCGCGCUGCAGAGCACAGCUGGGUCCCCUGUCGGCGGCGAUUGUGCUGCUGCCCUCAGACCCCGCUGCCGGGCUCUGCGGACCCCUGGGGGCGGCCACAUUGCUGCGGAUACAAGAGAGCGCUGUAGUACGGUGCGCGUGCAGGCUGUGCUAUCAGCGCGGCUUCCAUCACCAGCGACACCGGCGCUUCUCCUCGACCCGCGGCCUCCGCCGCUACCUCCAGCAACCGCCCUGCCAGAUCCGCCAGGGGGCCGAGGCCAGCUGGCUACAGAUCUUGUUCCGCCACCACCGCAGGCGCCGGGGGGGGCCGCCGCUGCCGCUGCCGCUGGGGCUGUUUCUAGAAGCUCCAAGAUCGCCCCCUGGGUCUGGGUUGUGGUGGCCAUCGGGGUGAUCCUUUUGUUCACGGGCUGCUUCGUGCUCGGUACGGCAGGCCGCCGGUUCACAUCCCGUGCUCGGUACCGCGAGGACCACGCCGUCACUGCGGCUCAGGCGCGCGCGGCUGUACUUCAGGGUAACACUGUGGUGGCGCUGCCGGCGCUGGACCCCGCAGACCGGGAGGCGGCACUUGCAGCCGCGGCGGCGGACGCAGCUGCCGCGGCGACGAUGGCGGUGUCUCCACCGGUGGAGCAAACAGACCCGGGGCGCUCGCCCGAACUCAGUGAUAUCAGAGAUGUCAGCAUCCGCAUCAGCCGACGGCUCAGCGCCAACCUAGGACUCCGCAGCGAUAGCCGGCAGGGCAGCCGGCUCAUCAAGGGAGGUGCCGAUAGCGCUGGCGCUGGUGCCACAGUUGUCGCCGCCUCCGUCGCCGCCAUCCCUGGAUCCCCCUUGCGGCAGCACACCACGUCCCCGCCAUCGGUCUUCCCGUCCGUCGCACGCGGCUCCGUGUCAGGCGCAAUUUCCGGCCCCGCCGGGGCCCUUUCGCCUCUUGGCGGCGGCGGCGGCGGCAGUGAUGCAAGCGCACGGUUGAGCGUUGCCGCGGCGGCGAAUGGCUCCGAAGUACCCAGAGCCCCAAUGGACAUAGAGCCGCCGGGACUCAGCAGCGGCGGCGGCAACAGCAGUGCUACGUACGGCAUCGAUAGCGGUGGUGUUGUCGUUGCUGACAUCCUGCGGUCGCGAGGCAGCAUCGAAGUUCCCAGCGGCGGUGGCGGUGGCGAUACUGCAUCGGCAAGGCCACAUGGCCGCCGUUCUAGCAUCCUAGGGAAUGCCCCUCGCAGCCUGGCCGCCACCGCUGCAGCCGCCGCCACCGCCCCUGGCGCCUCUGCACGCAACCGAAUCCGCCGCCGCAGUAGCGUGCCUCUGCUGCUCGGAAGCGACAUCCUCGCGAUGCACAGCGCUGGCGGCGGCGGCGGCGGCGGCGGUGGUGGUAGUGGAGAGGACCGGCUGGGUGCAUUCGCGGCGAGGCUGUUCUCAUCCUCUGGAAAAGCUCCGGCGGUCCCAGCCGGCGGCGCCGCCGCGGGCGCCGAAGCAGCCAUGAUAGCGCCAGGUCAAAGGCCUGCCACCACAUCAGCAGUAGGGCCGUUGCGAAACGCGGGCCCCGCGUCAGGCCCCGCCGCCUUUGUGUUCCGCCGCGGCUCCGUCGACACGGGGGACGUAGCAAUAGCCACCGCCGCUGCCCCCGGCGGCAGCGGGGCCGCCGCUACCGCCACCACCGCCGCCAGUGGCCCCCUAAUCCUCAGCAGCUCCCGCUCCGCCUUCCUCAACCUCGCGGGGCUACGGAGCGAAGGUUCCAGACAGUCUCUACUGGGCCGUGGAGGUUCACGACCAUCCAAUAGGGUCCCGGCGACGCCGCCAGAAGGCUCAUCCACCGGGUCAUCGGCGCCGCUGCCAACUCCGCAGCAGAAGCGGCCUCCAGCCCUGCAGAUCCCCAACCAGCUCACGGUCGCAGGCAACACAACCAGAGUGGCGUGGGUUGGACAGCUGACGCCUCCGCCAGUGGCGGGAAAGGGCGGCGGUGUGGCCGCUGCCGCCGGUAGUGCUGAUGAACCUGGUGCCGCACCGCGGCCGAUGCCGAACUGGACGGCCCCGAAGGAGAGCUCCCCGCUGCCGAGUCCGCGAAGUCGCGACGUCAUGUCGGCCUCGAUGUCGCGAGACGUGCACAGCAGCCCACUCACGCGCACGAACAUGCGAUCGCACGGGACCGGGACGGCGGUUGGCGGUUGGUCAGGAGCUAGUGCCGCCACUGGCUGCGUGCCACCUGGUGCGACUCAAACCGCUGUCACCCUAACCAAGACGGGCGCAGACGCCGACGCCGACGAGCAGCAGCAAGAGCGGAGUGAAUUGGCGCGGCGUAACGGUUGGCGGUUGAGCGGCGAGACUUUGCGGUGGAGUGCGGGGCUUCCACGCAGCAGCACCCUGGGCAUCGCCCCCGCCAGCGAUGGCACCGUACGGACCCUGUUCCAUAGCAGCAGCUUCAUGAAAAUGUCGUCGGCUGUACGGAAUGAGCCAGGCGGGGCCCUGCAGGAUAGCGCCCGGGUCCCCGCUGGGUCCCCCAUCCAACCUGCCCGUUCAUUCACGUCCGCGGCGGCGGCAGCCGCCGCUACAGCGGCGGCGGCGGCAGCCGCCUUGGAGGCCGUCUUUACGGUGGAGGAUUCGAACCCUGUCGACACCGCCCACGCGACCGUGCAGGCUGGGCGCACCCUUUGCCGGGGCAGCGGCAGCCGACCGGCAUCCCCGGCGGGUCCAACACCCGGCGAACGGGGCAGCGGCAACUCCGAAAGUCACAACAAAGCCGCGGACGGCUCUCAAGUCCAACAACUCAGAUCGCAUCCGGCAAGGUCCCAGCCGAUGCUGCGCGCUGCUGUGUCUCGUCUUCGACAGCUUUCCUUCGGUCCUGGCAACAGCCCCGACAUUAGCAUCUCCCCUGACCCACGGGUCACAGGUCAGGUUGAUCGUGACGGGCCCAGCCCCCGCGCGUACCCGGCAUCCCUCCCCACGCCCGAUGACGACGGCGAUGAUAGCGCACCUUCGGUCCCAAGGGGACACAACGUCAUGGUCGCCGGCGCUCCGUUUGCAAAGGAACGUGUGGCGCAGGUGCGCAUUACGACACGUCAGCCGCUGGAAGAGUCCGCCUCCGCUGCCUCUACCGCCGGUUCGGGACCUUCGGACAGCAGCUACAGUCCAGCAUCCCCACUUAUUCCGGAGCUGCGGAGCGGUGCGUUACCGGUAACGCCGCGAUCACCAAACUCAACACGCUUGGCAUCGUUAGUGCCAUUAACGAUGGAAAGCCAGCAUCGUACGGAGGACGAGCCGCCGCCGCCGCCGCGCAACCCAACCGCCGCCGCCGCUACAGCUGCCGCAGCUGUUCCUGACGGCCGCGCUGCUGAUGGUAGCAAGUCCACGCCCCGCGUAGUGCGGGUGGGGCCGUUGGUUGCAACUGCCGCAACCGCCACCUCGAAUGCGACCGCCGUGACCGGUGAGGAUGAGACUGCGGACCCUGGGUUGCUGGACACCUUCCUGCCCCCACCGCCGCCCAGCACCGUCCUGCAGACCCUGAACACCAUAUCAGACACCAACGACGUCACGCGGCAAAGCCUCUCCGUCGGCACCCUGUUUGAGCGAACCGAACGCGUGGCGGCGGCGGACGCCAGCCUAGAAACUCACAUGUCGCCCAACGCCUCCGUCACCGAGGACGCACGGAUUGCUGCUGCCGCUGCGGCCGUGUUGGCCGCUGCCGCCGCCAUUGGCGGCAACGACGGCAGCGGUCCGUACCGUGUGCAAGUCGUACGUAGGGCCCAGCCACAGCCGCCGCUGCCGCCGCUGCUGUUGCCCGCCUCGGGGACACAGCCCCGUCCAGGCAGCGCCUGGCCGAACGGGAUGAAGGGAAAGGAGCCGCCUUACGAGGUUCCCGCGCGCCUGCAUGCCCCACCUAACGAUCAAGAUCUCCGGGACCAUUCAAAGACAGCGCCGUCAGCGGCGGCUGUCUUUGCCGACAGACCGAACGCAGGCACAGCUGCCGACGGAGCACCGUCCAGGCCCAGUUCUGGGCGCGUGAGGCCUGGAGCCCUUCCUCUGCGCUUCGAGAUUCCUGCAGCGCUGCUGGGAUCUGUUGCGGAUGCGCAGGAGGACCCUGCGGCGCAGAGCACUGGCGGCGCCGACGGUGCCGACGGUGCCUCCGACAAGGGCCGCACCCGCCCAGGCUGGCGGCAGCUGGUACUGCAAGCCGCUGCGGGGGAGCUGCGCGCGGGUAGUGCAGCAAAGGGGACGGAAGAUAGCACCUAGUUGAAGCACGACAUACGUACAUACGGGUGGACAGGCAAAAGGGUGGAACAUGGCGCAGGCUUUGGUACCUUUGAUACCGCCGUUUGGCGAUAGUUGUGCAUAUAUUCGUUAUUGCGGAUUUAGGCUACAUAUGCCGUUGGCGUUGGCGGUUGGCGGUGGCGACACUGGCUUAUCAAUCAUCCGGUGCCCUAAGGGGCUGGAUCUUAGCGAUGUCCGUAUCGUUGAGCACGGAGGAGCCUCCGACUGAAAUCUCAAUCCUAAUUGCUUUGAAACUGUCAAUCAGCCCUAGCUUCUUGCGCUGUCGAAACUUCAAACUUGAACAUGAAAGCGAAUAUGUAUAACUCAAUCCGUUGGCUGGUUGCGGACUGUACGGAUAAGUGGCUCAUAGGAAAUUGCCAAAUUGUAUCGUAUGCCAACGGUUGGCAGGCCUGGCAGACUCCCCUCUUGGUUAGGUGGCCACCGGAAUUGUCGGUUGGGAAAGGGUGUUGGGUUGCUCAAAAAGGGCAUUCCAGUACGCGCGUGUGUGUGGGGGGGGUGUGGACC